CGUCCUCGGGAUUCCCAUGAUUCCCCACAGGAAGGUCACACCAUCCCUCACCAUUACAAGGGUGAAGAUCGGCUAGAUAUAAAAGUUGGGGUGAAAGAAGAAGAAGAGCCUUAUGUGAGCGAUGAUGGAAUAAUAAGGGUUAUUGUAGAGAAAGACACUCCUACAGAGAUCAGCACAGAUAAGAGGAGAUUUUCCUGUACAGACUGCGGGAAGUGUUUCCAUUCGAAAUCCAAACUUAGUGUGCAUAAAAGAUCUCAUUCAGGUGAGAAGCCGUAUUCCUGUCCUGAAUGCAGAAAAUGUUUUUCACAGAAGGCCAAUCUUUACAGGCAUCAGAAGUCUCACACUGGGGAGAAGACGCAUUCUUGUCCCGAAUGCGGGAAAUGUUUUUCACACAAGUCCAAUCUUUCUAUACAUCGGAGAUUGCACACGGAACAGAAGCCGUUUUCCUGUCCUGAGUGCGGGAAAUGUUUUUCGCACAAGUCCAAUCUUUCCACACAUCAGAGAUUGCACACAGGGGAGAAGCCGUAUUCCUGUCCUGAGUGCGGAAAAUGUUUUUCACACAAGUUCAAUCUUUCCACACAUCAGAGAUCUCACACGGGGGAGAAGCCGUUUUCCUGUCCUGAGUGUGGGAAAUGUUUUUCACAGCAGUCCAAUCUUCACACACAUCAGAGGUCUCACAUAGGUGAGAAACCAUAUUCCUGUUCUGAAUGUGGGAAAUGUUUUUCAGUGAAGUCCACUCUUCACACACAUCAGAGAUCUCACACAGGGGAUAAACCAUAUUCCUGUCCUGUGUGUGGGAAAUGUUUUUCAGUGAAGUCCAAUCUUUACACACAUCAGAGAUCUCACACAGGGGAAAAGCCGUAUUCCUGUUCUGAGUGCGGGAAAUGUUUUUCAGUGAAGUCCCAUCUUUUAAGCCAUCAGAGAUCUCACACAGGGGAGAAACCACUUUCCUGUCCUGAGUGCGGGAAAUGUUUUUCAGAUAAAUCCAAUCUUUAUACACAUCAGAGAUCUCACACGGGGGAGAAGCCGUAUUCCUGUCCUGAGUGUGGGAAAUGUUUUUCACAUAAGUCCAAUCUUUCCAGACAUCAGAGA